AUGUCGUCAAUGAUUAACAAUAUGAUCAAGAAAAUUAUCUUGUUUGAAGAUGGUUCUCAAAUGGUGGAUGAAUUAAUACGUGAUCAAACUGCUCAAUUAGAAGAUAUAAUAUCUGUUAUUUUUGAUAAUAUUGAACAUGUAAAAAAUGAAGGAAAAAUGAAAAAUUUGGCUAAAAUUAUUGCUGAUGCAUCAUUUAAAAAACGUUCUUUAAAUUAUGUUAAUAAUCAAAUGAAUUAUAUAAAUGAAAAUGAAACAAGUGCAUUAAAAAAAAAUUUUGUCCGAAAAAUUCUGACAGAAAUAGUUGAUUUGCUGAUAAAAAAUGCUGAUGAUAAUGAUCUUCCAUUAUGGAUUGAAUAUGGACGUCUGUCCCAAAUUCUCAUGUCAUAG